UGUGAUGACAGCAGACGAGCUAAACUGCUGUUGUUGAUGUGGCCCAACGCGGAUGUGAAACAUGGCGAAGUAAAAUAAUCCCUACUAAACUCAGAAUCAUUCAAUUCAGCGGAGACACGCCGGCAGCAUGUUUAAAGGCUGGGGCUCGUGGCUGGGCUCGGAGUCCGUCAAUCAAGAUAAAACAGACGAAAAGGAAAUAGAAGGAGAGAGAGACAUAAACACAGAUCAGACUGAACAAACACAAGAGGUCCUGCAGCAGGCCAAAGGACUCAGCGGAUUCAUUCUGAACUUUGCGAGUAGCGCGACUAAGAAGAUCUCCGAGUCUGUGUCCGAGACGGCGCAAACCAUCAAGAAAACUGUAGAGGGGAGCAACAUCGACGGCAUCAUUGACAAGACCAUUUUAGGAGAUUUUCAGAAAGAGCAGGAAAAAUUUGUCCAAGAGAAGAAUGCAAAGAAAGCAGAUGCAGCGGUGCCACCCUGGGUGGGGUACAACGAGGAGGAAACUAUUCAACAGCAGAUUCUAGCUUUAUCUGCGGAUAAGCGGAACUUCCUGCGUGACCCUCCGGCCGGCGUUCAGUUUCAUUUCGACUUUGAUCAGAUGUACCCUGUUGCCCUGGUGAUGUUACAGGAAGAUGAAUUACUCAACAGGAUGCGCUUUGACCUCGUACCAAAACAGGUGAAGGAAGCGGCAUUCUGGAGGAAUUACUUCUACCGUGUGUCUCUGAUAAAGCAGUCGGCACAGCUCACAGCUCUCGCCGCUCAACAGCAGGCUGCUGAUAAGAGAGAAGAGGAGAAAAACGGAGCGACUCCGCUGGACGAGAACAACCCGGAGAGCAUCAGACCGAAAACGCCUCCUGUUGCCAUCAGUGCUAAACCCAAGACUAGCGAGCAUGAAGAGGAAGAGAUCUCCACCAGUCCUGGUGUUUCUGAGUUUGUGAGUGACGCGUUUGACGCAUGUGACAUCAACCAGGAAGAUCUGAGAAAAGAGAUGGAGCAGCUGGUGCUCGACAAGAAGACCUCCCCUCAGGACGAAGAGACGGCUGAUUGGGAGAAGGAGCUACAACAGGAGCUGCAGGAAUACGAGGUGGUCGUUGACCCAGAAAAUCGAGACGACAACUGGGACCGUGAGAUCGAGGAAAUGCUGCAGGGAGUCAGUUAAGCGUUACGACGCCCCCUCUGGUCUGGAUGAUCCACUGCAGCACUGCAGUUUAAAUGAUGGUCCAGGAAGAGAGAGGCUUCAAGCAUCAUCUACUAUCUCAUGAAUCGGACUGAAAUGAAUUGCCAGGAUAUCCUAUAAGAGUGUAUUUGGUGUUGUGCCAAUAUGCACAUUUAAAAAGCUUCCUCCCUCUGAUUGUAGUCAGAUUUCUGUGCUUUAGUGAGAAACUUUAAAUCAGAUGUGAUUUUCUGAUUUAAUCUUUCUGUGUCGUUUUGGGUUAAACGUAUGAUUUUGUGUUCGACACAAACUCAAAGGACCGACAGUCGUGUUCAAACACUAUUGUCACCGCUAAAGAAGUAUAAACCGUAUGGACGUGUUUCUAUUUGACUAUAGGUCAAUGGCUUAUCUCUCAUUCCUGUAUUUGUUUUAAAUGUUGAUUAAAGAUGUGUACUCUGGUGAGAUUCUGGCAGGGGUUUGAGGAAAUGCAUAUUAGGUUUCCUUGUUGGGAUUACCCAAAAUCAUGCUGAAUUACAUACCUGUAAAAUCAAACAAUAUUUACUUGUUUGUUAAUGCAAAGGUUCAUUAUAACUUUGUGUAGUUGUUUUUUUCACCUUGCAUUGUGUCUUAUUACCUUCCAGAUGAAUAAUCAUGAUUUUGUUGCAGUUAAUACAAAUAUAUGC